GCGGGAUUUUGUAAGUUUAGGAAAAUGGAACCGAUAACUCAACAACGGCUUGACGAUAUGAAGGCGAAGAUAGCACUGCUGGAAAGUGAUCGUAAGGCAUAUUUCGAAAAUUCAAAACAAGCUGUUACGGAAAAUAAGCAACGAGUAUUAGACCUUCGUCAUGAGAAUAGCAAACUAAGAAACGUCCUCCGUGAGAGGCUUUCGGUAGCAUGUAAUUUGGUUUAUUCUUUUGUGAAAGGCUGAUCAACACAUUAUCAACUAUGUGUUACACAAUCGACAGGUUGAUAGAGUUUGUAUGGCCAACAAAACUGGGGCUGUUGUGGUCGAACUUUUGGACUAUCGCACAUGUGAUGCGAAAAAGAAACUUAAUUCUUUGAAACAUGUGAUCGUUCAAAAAGAGAAGAAGAUUGAACAGAUUAAAUCCCGGUAUAGAGAGAUUAUGGAAGUUAUUGAAUACGGAAACGCAACUGACGCAGGAACCAACAAAGAGGGGAAAUUGUUAAGAACCUUGGAAAACCGACUUGAUAAGGCUCAGCUAAAAUACCAUGAAGCGGAACACAUCAGAAAAACCUAUGAACAAAUAAAAGAAAAGCUUGAACAUGAACAUCUAACAUAUGAGCACAACCUUGACUCCCUUGAAAAACAAAUAAAAGCCACUCAAGAUGAAAUUUUAGAACUACAACAAAUGUACAAUGAUGCCACCCUAGCUAGAGAUGCAGCACAACAAGAGUUGAAGUUUCAAGAAGAACAUAUUGCACGUGAACGCCGACGUCGAGAAAUCGAACUCGCAAAGAUGAGGAGAACGGCCGAAGGAAAAAAGGUCGCUUUUGAUAAGGGUGAAUAUCAACAAGGUAGAGAUUCAUCUGCUGACGUACAGAGCGGAAGUGUCCAAGGCGGCAGUAUUGGGACUGGAGACCGAAUUUCCGGAACAGGCGGGAUAAGUGCAACAGAAGAACAACAAAUGAAAAUAUUUAAAUUUGAAGAGUCAUUUCAGACUAUUAAAGAAGUCACUGGACUGUCUGAUCUUGAUCACAUUGUCAAACGAUUCGAAAGUCAAGGAGAAACUUUAAGAAAUCUAAAUGAAUUGAAAGACAAGGCUGAAGAACAAUGCCAGAAACUUCGUAAGCAAAGGGAUCAGUUGCAGCAAGAAUACGAGGAACUUAAAUAUUCCGGUGAAGCGGAAUUAGAAAGUGCUAAUCAAGUGAUAAAACAAUACCAAAAUGAAGCACAAAUAGAAGCAGAACGUCGUGUAAAGUGUUAUGAAAAUGUUGAAAGUGCUAAUCGUCUUCUAACUGAAUGUAAAACUGGAGUUGAUCAUAUUUAUGAUAAAUUAUCUUUUCUCAAUGUGAAUAUCACAAAAGGUGUGGAACAUUUUCAUAAAGAAGGUGAAGAAAAAAAAUUAGUAGCUGAACAAAAUGUUAUUGAUAUUAAUGAUAUACCAGAAAUGUUGAAAAUAUGUAAUAAUAAAUUAGAUGAACUUAUGGACAGUUUGAAUGAUAUUAAUAUUGAAGAACAACUUAAUUUGAUAGAACAAGAAGAAUUCUAUGCAAAGCUUGAUAGCAAAUUACCAGAUAACAAUAUGAGAAUACAAUUUCCAAGCGCGAAGCAUGAAGGUAAUCCUGACGAUGAUGACGAUGAACUCGAUGAUAAUGAUGUGUUAACUAGAAGUGCUUUAAAGAAACAAGCUCAACAAAUAGUCGAAAUGAGAAAUAAGAAAAGACAUCCUAAAAAGAAGAGAAGAAGUGUUCGAUGAAAUAAAUUUAAUCAUAAUGACUAUCCUUCCAAUGUAAACAUUUCAGAUAUUGUUUCACCUAAAAGAUAGGUAUACAUUCAUACACUGAACAGAAUAUUGAAAAUCUCUUAAUUUCAUAAGCACCAUUGUCCUCACAUUAGUAAUAGGCACUAUAAAUAAACCUUUGAAAUGAUAGAGCACUGAAUCACUGAACAAAUUUUUCUUGAAAAGAAAAGAUAAACAUGAAAUCACACUUCUCUAAACUUUCCUUCCCACUUUUUGAUAUAAUAGUUUGCUUUUACAUUAUAAAAAGAGAAUUUU